AUGGCUUCUGGAAAUACUGCGACUCAGAAUUAUGAAUGGAUUAUUCGUCUGCCCCUUCAUGUAGGGGGCGAAAGUGGAAUUCCAGUAUCUCGGGAACAAAUAAUAGAGCACAGGGAGCGCACUAAUCGGGAACCCGACUAUUGGCUCUGUGCAGGGGUUGUUGUGGAGAAUCCUGCAGCUGACCUGCAUGAAGCACGCUUUAAAUAUAGCACUAUGAUUGUGAGCGCACCCUCAAAGGAGGAUGUUCUCGCUCGUCUUCGCGAUGAUUGUCUCUACCCUGCACAUUGGGAUGUGGACAAUGCAGAAAUUGAGCCUUUUAUCAGUGUGAUCAGGAAAGGGAUAGAUCCUCCAGUAGUGGAUGGCAACUUGCCCGCCAAAUGA